GUUUUUUCACGCAAAGGUUUCCCUGUUUCUUUGGGAAGAGGGGAACAAAGCGAGUACAUCUGGUCAGUUUUGAAAUGGCAUUUCAUUUCUGAGUUAAGGAAAUAAUUACUAAUUUAAUUUACUUGAUGUGAUUAGAUUUUCUAAGGUACAACUCCAGAGUAAGCUGUUUGGUUUUCUCAUCCCGUUGGAAGUUUAUGCUUUACCCUCUGUGAGGAUGAGAAAAUAAGAGCUUUUUUCCCUCGUGUGGAAGCAUUUUAUACACCAGCCCUCUCUGCGUUGGGGGUUGCAGCCUGUGUGAUGUGUCCAGUCUCUAAAGGAAGGAGUUUGUGAAAAUAGAAUGGAAGAAAAUAACAUUUUCUGGGGUGUUAGGGGGAUGGGACACGGACACAGCUGUGUGUGUUCUGCAUGAUGUAUCGUUGGGGGGUGUUAGUUGUCGGUGUGGCAGCGCUUGCAACCCUGCACAGUGGCAUGAAGCGUGGCAAUUGUUGCUUUUUUUUUUUUUUUUCUUGAAAUCUCGGUUUUUCCCUUCGAAGUGUGUCGCCGUGCCCAAAAGGGUUAGCAGGAGCCCUAAACCUGGGAGCCCCACAACGGCCGAGAACCACGUUUCCAUGGUAAAAUCCCCUUGUCAUGCACGGUAGCUCUGGAAUCAAUUUUCUUGGGAAGUUCUUUAAAAAGGAGAACUUAGAGAGCUUCACUUUAAAAAGUCCUAUUUUCCCCUUGGGCUGGUCUCCAGCUCCCAGCCCAGCCUCUUGGCACUCAGCGGGGUGACCAGUGGCCCUUUGGCAACACCGAGCCCGUGGCUCUCUGGGGACACAGAGCGAGGGGUCGGUGGUGGGGACGGUGGCCCUGCUGUCCCCAGCUGUGUUACCUGCCCCUGGACGUGGCCCUUGUCACCUGGAUGUCCCCAGUGGCCCUUGUCACCUGGAUGUCCCCACUGGCCACUGCCGGGGUAUUUCCUUUGUCAUGAAAUGGUGGUUAAGCUUAAAACAAAGGCAUUGCUUUCCGCAUUGAAUGUUCUCCUCUUACCUGAAAACAGAGCUCCAUUUGACCCCAAAAUAUUGGUUUGUUUCCUUUUUAAACCGCCUGCUUAACUGUCCCUUGGUGCCUCUCUUAAAUGGGACCGUCACCAGGAGCUCGACAGCUCCCAGCACCCAAACCUCUGCUCGACACCCAAUAACAACAGCUCAAAGCCUGCCCACUCCCUGGUUCCACAGGGCAAAGCCUGGUGAUGGGGUGGAGGGGUGAGGAAGAAGCCUCCUAUUACUAUUAUUUUAUCAUUUUGAUUAUUUUUUUUUUUUUUUAACCCAUCCUACCUGCCUACUACAAACGGCCUAUUUUCUGCCCCUGAUGGUUUCUGCCUAACAAAUGGUGUUUCUUUUUUACAGCGUUAUGAUCCUGGACUUGUUGUGGUGAUGGUAAACUUAGCAGUGGGAGGACAGAUCCCAUCCCUAUCGUCGUCAAGUACGAUGUCAUGGGCAUGGGGCGCAUGGAAAUGGAGCUGGACUACGCCGAAGAUGCCACUGAGCGGAGGCGUGUACUGGAGGUGGAGAAAGAAGACACCGAGGAGCUGAGGCAGAAAUACAAGGACUAUGUUGAUAAAGAGAAGGCCAUUGCCAAGGCUUUGGAGGACCUCCGAGCAAACUUCUACUGUGAACUCUGUGACAAGCAGUAUCAAAAGCAUCAAGAGUUUGAUAACCACAUCAACUCCUACGAUCACGCUCACAAGCAGAGGUUGAAAGAUCUCAAGCAAAGGGAAUUUGCUCGCAAUGUCUCUUCGCGCUCACGGAAAGACGAGAGGAAGCAGGAGAAGGCCCUGCGGCGGCUGCACGAACUGGCUGAGCAGAGGAGGCAGCCGGAAUGCGCUCCUGGAAGCGGCCCCAUGUUCAGAACCACCACGGUGGCUGUGGAUGAGGAAGGUGGAGACGAUGAUGACUCUGCAGCCAACAGCAGCUCUUUCAUGCAGACCACUUCUGGCCAAGGUACGGAGAUGACUACGGACAGAGGUUUCCUCAACACCGGCCAAGUGGGUGGCACGGUUACGCCAGGCCAGAUGCCCCUCCAGGCAGCACAAGCCGUCAGCUUUGGCAUUAAGAGCACUUUGGGGACUCCUCUGCAGAAGAUCGGCGUGUCCUUCUCCUUUGCCAAGAAGACUCCGGUCAAGCUGGAGACCAUCGCUUCUGUUUUCAAGGACCACGUGGACGAAUCGAGUUCUGCGGACGGAGCAAAAGGUGAUGAGAGAGGGUCCUCAGAUGGGGGGAGCCUGCAGAAAUCUGGGGAGGGGGAAGGCACAAAUAACUCCGACGGGAAGGCGGAGGACGAUGAGCAACACGACAAAGACAGCGGGUCUCUGGCCACGACCUUGUCUAAACUGAAAAAGAUGAGGCGAGAAGACGGACCGACGGCAGUCGAACCCGAAUAUUACCACUAUAUUCCCCCAGCCCACUGUAAAGUAAAGCCUAAUUUUCAAUUCCUCCUUUUCAUGAAGUCUACCGAACAGAUGGAAGCUGAAAAUGUGAACAAAAAAAACACCCAUGAAGUAAAAAAAGGUAGUUCUCCCAAACCCAAACCCGGCAAACACCUGGAGAAAGCUGCUGAGGGCACGGGGCAGCAGAAGGAGCAGAGCACGGCUGAAACGGCGGCUCAGCAGAGCAAAACAGAGCUGAAGGAAAUCCCAGAAAACACAGGUAUUCAGGAGAGCAAACAUCUUCCAGAGAGCAGCCUCCCCGAGCCAGACACCCCUAAAGAAGUCCCUCAGCCUGUCCCAAGCUGCAAAGAUGUCACUGAAGGACCAAAGCAUCCGACAGGACCUUUUUUCCCCGUUCUGAGUAAAGAUGAGAGCACGACUCUCCAGUGGCCUUCGGAGCUCCUCAUAUUUACCAAAGCAGAACCCUCCGUUUCCUACAGUUGUAACCCCCUGUAUUUUGAUUUCAAACUCUCCCGCAACAAAGAUGCUAAAGGGAAAGGGGCAGAGAAAUCCAAGGAUUCGGGGGGGCUUUGUAAAGAGACCCUUCCGAGCGCGGAGUCUGGUGAGAUGGGCAAAGCCAAGGAGGCGGAAAGCGCCACGAACAGCUCUGCUCUGAAGACAGAAACCAAAUCCCUGUCGGCCUGUGGCUCCCAGAACAAGCAGGAGCCCGGUUUGACAGGGGUUAGUAAGGAGGAGGGAGAGGAGGGCAGCAAAAGCCUGACGGGGAAGAGUAAAUCUGGAAGGUCCCAUAAACACAAAAAGAAAAAGAAGCACAAAAAAUCCGGCAAACACAAACGUAAACACAAGGAGGAAGCUGAAGAGAAGAGUCGAAAAACUGACCCGGGGGAAGAGAAACCCAAGAAACGGAAAAGACACAGGCACAAAAAAGGCAAAUCCUCUUUCUGCACCGAGUCAGAACGGGCGCUGAAAACUGAGCUGGCUGAAGACUGUGGCCAUUUCCAGAAGAAGAAGUGGUGUUUGCAGGAGACCCAGAGGAAGUCUCUGUCUGCAGAGGAGGGGAGCAGCGGUAAAAAAGAGGAGGGUGGUAACUCCUGCCAAGAGCAUGGGGGCAAGAAACACAAGGCUGACCCCCAGCAGGUACCUGCUGCCAGGAGAAGGUGUUCGGCCCCUUCCCUGGGCAGGAGCGGGCGCAGGAGCCGGCAGAGCAGCGGGGACUACGACAGCGAGGAGGGCUCUCACGGCAAGCGGUGCCGGCAGAAAUCCCCCUCCCAGUACAGCGACGACUACGACUCCGGCAGCGACCGCUCCAGGAGCCGCUCCAGGUCGGGACGGAGACAUUCCUCCCGCAGGUCCUACUCCUCCAGCUCGGACGCUUCCUCCGACCGCAGCCGCUACAGCCGGCGCAGGAGUUACUCUGACGACAGCUACAGCGACUACAGCGACCGCUCCCGCUGCCGUUCCAAGCGCUCCCACGACUCGGAGGACGACUCCGACUACAACAGCUCCAAUCACAGAUCCAAACGGCGCAAGUAUUCCUCUUCCGAGGACGACUACAGCUCGAGCAGGAGCAGGUCGAGGAGUCGAAGCAGGAGCCGAACCCACCCUCGGAGCAGGUCGAGGACGAGGAGCCGGGGCAGGACACGCAGCAGCAGCUGCAGCCGCAGCCGCAGCAAGAGGAGAAGCCGGAGCGUAACGGGUCGCAGCUGGAAACGGAGCCGCAGCUACAGCAGGGACCGCAGCCGCAGCACCAGGAGCCACUCCCAGAGGUCUCUCUCCCGAAAGGGCUCUCGAGGCCACGAGAGCCCCGAAGAGAGGAGAUCAGGGAGAAGAGACUUCAUCAGGUCCAAAAUCUACCGCUCGCAAUCUCCUCACUAUUUCCGGACGGGCCGAGGUGAAGGAUCGUCGCUGAAGAAGGAGGACGGCAAAGGAGAGGAUGGGAAAGGAUCUGGCUCCCUCUCCCAAAACAGCAGCAGCUCCGGCACGGGGAGGGCGUCGGAAGGUGACUGCAGCCCCGAGGAGAGAAACUCCGUCACUGCCAAACUCCUCCUGGAAAAGAUUCAGUCCCGGAAGGUUGAGAAGAAGCCUUGUGUUGCGGAGGAGAUGCUGGCAGGAGCAAACAAGGUGGGCAUCAAGCUCAAAGAUCCUCCCCAGGGCUACUUCGGCCCCAAACUUCCUCCUUCCUUAGGCAACAAACCCGUUCUCCCUUUAAUUGGGAAACUGCCAACCGUUCGAAAACCCAACUCCAAGAGAUACGAAGAUUCCGGUUUGGAGAGGGGUGAGGACCAAGAGCUGUCGGAUUCCGAGGAGGUGUCCCAGGGCAUCGAGGAGGGUUCGUUGGGCGGCCAGUCUCUGCUGGAGGAAGUGGUCAUGGUCAUUCAGGACAAACCUCUGGAGGAGCAGAAACGCGAUGACCCUGGGGUGGAAAUGCCUUCCAUCCCUCUGGAAGCACCGGCGCUCCCCGAGUGCUUCGGUUCUGGAGAUCUGGUCAUGCCACACAACUUCCUCUCGGAUCCCAGCGACGGUGACGGGCUGGAACCUAUGGACGGGGGCAACCAGCCGGUCCCAGUGGAAACCAGUAUGAUGCCUUUAGUUCCGGACGUCGAGCACUUUUCUGGGUACGUGCCUCAGGGCGGGGAGCCGAGCAUCGAAGGGGAUCGAGAUGGAGGAGAAGACUCCUCUCUAGCGCCGCUCGAGAGCCAACCCAUCACUUUUACACCCGAAGAAAUGGAGAAAUACAGCAAACUGCAGCAGGCUGCUCAGCAGCACAUCCAGCAGCAGCUCCUGGCAAAGCAGGUCAAGGCUUUCCCAGCCUCGGCCGCCCUGGCUCCGGCGGCUCCUGCCCUGCAGCCCAUCCACAUCCAGCAGCCGGCGGCGGCCUCGGCCACCUCCAUCACCACGGUGCAGCACGCCAUCCUGCAGCACCACGCUGCCGCCGCCGCCGCCGCCAUCGGCAUCCACCCUCACCCCCAUCCCCAACCCCUGGCUCAGGUUCACCACAUACCCCAGCCCCACUUGACCCCCAUUUCUUUAUCCCAUUUGACCCACUCCAUUAUUCCGGGUCACCCCGCUACCUUUCUAGCCAGCCAUCCCAUCCACAUCAUUCCGGCCUCUGCCAUCCAUCCCGGUCCUUUCACUUUCCAUCCCGUUCCUCACGCUCUCUACCCGACCCUCCUGGCCCCCAGACCCGCUGCCGCCGCCGCCGCCACGGCCUUACACCUCCACCCCCUGCUGCACCCCAUCUUCUCAGGGCAGGACUUGCAGCACCCCCCCAGUCACGGCACAUGAAGGACGGGGAACGGAGUCACCUCGGAGGAAGGAGAAUUAGUUGGUUUGUGGUUUUUUUUGGGGGGGAAAGGGAGGGGUCGAGAUUGAUCCAGCUCCACCAGGGGAGAAUUUCCUUUUGCUCUUUC